AAUGAAUCAAACAACAGAGGAAACUUGUAAAUUCAGCGAGAUCGUAUUCGGUCCAGAUAAAGAAUAUAGUCAUCAAAUAGGCGUUAUAAUUGGUUUUGGUAUAUUAAUAAUUUGUACAGUCUUUGGUAAUUUGGGAAUUAUAAUAGCAUUAGUAUUCGAUUCAAAACUGCAAGACGUUGGUGGUAACAUAUACUACAUCUCUUUAGCCAUAGCUGACUUCUUUGUUGGGAUAUUUGUUAUGCCUCCAAUGUUGGUGUACACUUUAGUAUCCUGUUGGCCCUGGGGUGUUAUAGCAUGUGAUUUAUGGGUUUCCAUUGACUAUUUAUCCUGUACGGCUAGCUUCUUCACACUAGCAGCAAUAGCUGCCGAUCGUCACUCAGCAAUUACACAACCUCUAAUGCAUAUGAAAAUGUGGAGUAAAUCGAGAUUAAGGAAUUUAAUAGUCCUUAUAUGGUUUUGCGCUGCCAUUGCCUGGGUACCAGCUAUUUAUAUUAUUAGACGUCUUAGAGACGGUUCUAUCCACAAUGUUAAAGAAACAGCUUGCGACUAUUCCGUAAAUCAAUGGUACGCCUUAGUUUCAGCAAGCGUCGUUUACUAUAUUCCAAUAAUUCUUAUGUGUACAUUGUAUAUUCUUUUAUAUAAGGCAAUUAAUCAAGAACUAACCAAAAAAGUCUCGGAUGAAAAAGAUCAAGGUCAACGGAUGAUUAAACAAAAACGAGCCGCUAUUAUGCUUGGAAUUAUUAUAUUAGUAUUUUUACUAUGUUGGUUACCUUGGACUAUAGUUUGGCCAAUAAUGACAUUUCACGAAAAUUGGAUCCCAAAUUGGUUGUAUGAAUGGGCAUCGUGGGCAGCUUAUAUUAAUUCCGGUAUCAACCCUUUUGUUUAUGUCUUCAGUAAUAGAGAUUUUCGUAUGGCCUUCAGUCGUAUUGGUCGCAGAAUUUGUGGCUAA